ACACUCGACCUGAAUGUGUGUGUAUUAUCAGUGUAGCGUCGAUCCGCGAAAAAGCGUACGAAAUCAGCGACAACUACAUAAAAAUCCUGAAUAUCCCCCUAAAAACCCUCCACAGAGAAUCACCCCCAAUUGUUACUAUCAACAAUAAAAAAAAACAAGGCAUUCCGAAAGCCUGCAAAGCCAGCAAAAGCACCCCCAGGACUCGAAAGCGAUCCGCAACUACUGAUCGAGCACCGAGUGAGGUUAAAGUGUUGACUGACGAUUGUUAUUAAAAUUCUUGGAAAAAAUCACCCCGAGGAAGUCAUCACAUCGGCAUCCAAAUAGCCACCGAGGAAAAUCAUUUAUUGAUAAACCGAUAACAACAAUCACCCGGGGUGUGUGAUUUUUUUCAUAAAAACUGGGCCAUCAGAGUGGUCUUUAUUCUGUGGUGGUGGCUAUACCGUUCGUUGUCAUUUGAAAACGGAAGCCAUCUUGUGGCUGAGUCUCCCAUAUUAUAAUCUAAAAGGGGGAACCUCAUAGAAUCCCUCAUCUGAGUUGAUAAAUCACGACAAAACGGUGAAAAUAACACUAACAAUCACCCGAAAAACAAGUCCGUCGACACUACAACUGUUUUAUUCGGACUAUGUAUAAGUUAUUUGGCCAUAUGUUUACAUAGCCAUGGCUGCGACGAGAAAGUUGCAAGGUGAAAUAGACCGGUGCCUUAAAAAAGUGACCGAGGGUGUCGAUACGUUUGAGGAUAUUUGGCAGAAGGUGCACAAUGCUACCAACAGCAAUCAGAAGGAGAAGUACGAGGCUGAUCUCAAGAAGGAGAUCAAGAAGCUGCAGAGGUUACGUGAUCAGAUCAAAAGUUGGAUUGCCUCUGGGGAAAUCAAGGACAAAAGCACGUUACUCGAUUAUCGAAAGUUGAUUGAAACGCAAAUGGAGAGAUUCAAAGUCGUUGAGAGGGAGACCAAGACGAAGGCGUACUCUAAGGAAGGACUUGGUGCAGCUCAGAAACUCGAUCCAGCGCAGAAGGAGCGAGAGGAAGUCAGUAAUUGGCUCGCAAACUCGAUAGAUGCCCUCAAUUUGCAGCUGGAUACAUUUGAAUCGGAAAUAGAGUCACUCCUCGCUGGAAAGAAAAAACGACUGGACAAGGAUAAGCAAGACAGAAUGGAUGAGUUGAAGGGUAAACUGGAGAAACACCGCUAUCACAUUCGAAAAUUGGAAACCCUUCUGAGAAUGUUGGACAAUAUGUCGGUUGAAGUCAAUACAAUAAAAAGGAUAAAGGACGAUGUCGAGUAUUACAUCGAGUCCUCCCAGGAGCCGGACUUCGAGGAGAACGAGUACAUCUACGACGACAUAAUCGGUCUGGACGAGGUGGAGUUAUCGGGUGUGGGCAUUCCAUCAUCAGCAACGACUGACAGUAACAACAGUAAUGAAACAGGUGGUACACCGACCUCAACGAAUUCAGGAACAUCGCCGAUACCAUCGCCCCCCUUGAGCUCCACAAUGCACAAUCAUUCGAGUGACAGUUCCACCGAUACCGACAAAAAAACUAAAGACGAAUUAUUCCAGCCUGUGAAGCCAACAGCAGUUCGACCCCUCCUGAAUUCGUCCCAGACGAGCAUUCCAUCAGCAGGAACCACUGCCAUCCAAAAACCACCAAUGUUAACAAGCAGUACACCAAGUAAAACCAUUCCCAUGACAUCAAGCCACAGUUCUCCAAUAUCAACAACAUCGAAUCACGUAUCAACAAGUAACGCCGGUAAUUUUGCAACGGUUGCUGCAUCGCACACCAAUUCUCAAGCAAUUCACUCUACCUCCACUAAAAUUUCAUCCCACAGUGAAAAUGGAUUGUCGUGUUCGAUGACGACAAGCACUCCUACGUCGUCGCAGAGUCUCUCCCAGGUGCAAGCACUCCAGCAGCAGUCGAGCCAGCAGAUACAGGCGUCGAUUCCACCGAUCCAGCCACCAGUGCAGUCACCCCCCUCUCAGGCACCAGUGCAGCCCCAGAUAAUUCAGGCAAUUCAGCCAAUACAGCAUGUGCAGCACCAGCCAACGACACCACAGCCCAUGCCCCUAAUCCUCCAGAAUCCCCAGGUGCCGCAGCAACAAGCACCAGUAUCUCAAAAUCCACCGCAUCAGAUCUCCAAUCCAUCGAUACCAGCUGCCACGACGACAAUUCCAUCGGGCAUCGUUCUCGUUCAUAAUCAGAGUCAAAAUCACAACAGCACCAAUGAUGAUAUGACGACAUCCGUUCCACCAUCAGCAUCACCUCAGUCAUCAAUGAGCAGCAGGUCAUCGCCUAUUCCGGCCAAUUCGUGUUCACCAGCACCAUCCACUGCCAAUGGUCUCAUCUCGAAGCUUUCUGAUGGUAUGACAUCUCUCAAGAUCAUUGCGCAGAAUGCCAUUGAUCGGGCUGGCCUUGAAAUGCCACCUGGGGAUGGCAGUAGAAAUAUAUUCGACAGCUCCAAGAGCAAUACCGCAACAUCUGAGGCACAUAUUCCUCCAUUACUUGGUGUUGCACCACUGGGACCUGUGCCACUGCAGAAGGAGCACCAGCAGCAAUUCCAGAUGAUGGAGGCCUCGUACUUUCACAUGCCUCAUCCGUCGGAUUCGGAGAGGCUCAGGUCGUAUCUACCCAGGAACCUCUGUCAGACUCCACCUUAUUACCAGCAGGUACCAUUACCUCACUCGGAUACCGUUGAAUUCUUCCAACGACUAUCGACAGAAACUCUUUUCUUCAUAUUCUACUACAUGGAGGGAUCGAAAGGACAGUACUUGGCAGCCAAAGCAUUAAAGAAACAGUCCUGGAGGUUUCACACUAAAUACAUGAUGUGGUUUCAAAGGCACGAAGAACCCAAAGUCAUUAAUGAGGAAUACGAGCAGGGUACGUACAUCUACUUUGAUUACGAAAAAUGGGGGCAGCGGAAGAAGGAAGGCUUCACUUUUGAGUACAAGUACUUAGAAGACAGAGAUCUUAACUGAAUGAAGAGAGAAAAAAUUGCCAAGGAGAUUUUCCAGAAUACAAAAUACUGCACUAAUUCUGUAUCGGUAUUAAACCAAGAGAACACGAGCUCCGAAGUCGUUAGAACAGUUCAAAAUUCACAAUCAAGGGGUAUAAAAAUUGUUAUUACGUAGAAUUGCAGGAAUUAAUUUAUUCGUCGAACAAUUGGGAUUUACACCGAUGCAAAAGAAAAAAAAACUGAUGGUUCAGUUCCUGGGGGUUGUGGACGAAAUAUUAUUUUCAAUUUUAUUUUACGCGAGAUAGGAGACACAGGGAUAAGAUAUUGUUCGGAUAAAAAUGGAAUUCAGACGACGACGAUGACGAAACUUGAGAGGGAAGUUCGUACUUGGAGCCAUUUAAUGGAGAACGAGGGGGAAAAAGUGGAAAACGAUGUGUGAUAAAUUGAAUAUGAACGGAGAACUAAAUAAUAAUGAUGGAUAAAAGGUAUACUUGCUGGCGACUGACUCUGUAAUACCAGUACAAAAUACAUAUGAGGUGCGACCGAACCCACCAGUUAUUGUUUUUUUUUUAAUUAUUUUUUUUCUUCGCCAGAAAGAAAAUUACCAAUUUCAGGAUGAAAAGAAAUUGGAUUGAAAAAAAAUGAGGGGUGGUGGGAACUCAACUCAUUGCUAUGUGGUUAUGUCUUAAAAAGUGAAUAGAUAAUAAGUAGCCUUUUUGUAUAAAGUUUAAUUAAAUCCUUUCAAUUGAAAAAAAAAAAUGAAAUUUACUGUACAGAAUGUGUAGAAAUAGUUGAUAAUAUUAUUAUGGAAUAUACACAUCAUUUUA